AUGAUAAUCCAAUUAGCUCAAUAUAUAGAAAAAACACCUAAUCGCCCGCCGAUACUAAACCUCCGCCUAAUUGACCAGGUGCGCCAGCUGCUGGUCCCAAUAUCACAGUUCCGGCCCGACCAGGCCGAUAAACUCCCUUCUGCGGAGAUCAUGAUGCAAGUGCGGGAUGAGAUCGCAGGUCCAGGAAGGAAGGACGGUGUCAAGUGGAUCGUGCGUUCCCAUAUCGUGAAUGAGGGGACGAUUGCCAUUAUGCAGGAGGCAAAGACAAAGUACGGAUGGCAGGACAAGUCAGCCGUUCGUGUGACGAAGGAGUCGAACAUGGAGGCAUUUGAGGCGCUGUCUGGCACCCCAAACUGCAAGGGUAUCUAUCCCACCCUGGCCACACAUGACCUUCGUCGUACUGGGAGUUGGAGAGUGACGGAGCUUUUGGUGUGGAUUGGAGGGACCCCGUAUAACUAUAUUGCGAUGGAAAUCGAGCAAGCAUAG